CGUUUUUAUUUCAUCUGAUCGAGCUCGCUAAUUCGCUUUUAUUUCAUUUCCGAUUCAGGAAUGGAAAUAGAUUAGUAUCUUAUAAUAUCUUAUCCAUCUUCUGUAUGUUACUAAAAGUCACAGUUAGCCAGUGGUGUAGUAUCUACAGAGUUUAUCAACCCAGAUUUAUAAGUGCUACUAAAAUGUCUCUUGAACAAGCUAAGCAAGUAGCCGCAUAUCGGGCCGUAGAUGAAUUUGUGACGAAUAAUUGUGUUUUCGGUGUAGGCAGUGGCUCAACAGUAAUAUACGCUGUGCAACGACUUGCCGAAAAAGUUGAAACGGACAAUUUGAAGGUGACCUGUAUACCUACAUCGUUUCAAGCAAAACAACUCAUUCUUAAACAUAACCUUACUUUAGGAGAACUUGAUACUCAUCCUGUCCUUGAUGUUACAAUCGAUGGAGCUGAUGAAGUUGAUGCCAACAUGACUCUUAUCAAAGGGGGUGGAGGGUGCUUGUUACAGGAAAAAAUUGUGGCAUCAUGUUCCAAAAAAUUAAUAGUCAUAGCAGAUUACACCAAAGAUUCAAAGAAAUUGGGCGACAGGUAUAAAAAGGGAAUACCGAUUGAAGUUAUUCCUAUGGCCUAUGUCCCAAUUAAAAAUAAAAUUGUAGGUUUGUUUGGAGGUGAAAUAAAGUUGAGAAGUGCUAUUGCAAAAGCAGGUCCUGUUGUUACAGAUAAUGGUAAUUUUAUUCUGGACUGGCUUUUUAUAAAUCAAGAUUUGGAUUGGCAAAAUGUGGAUACAGUAAUAAAAAUGAUUCCAGGAGUUGUAGAAACUGGUCUAUUUGUAAAUAUGUGUCAAAAAGCUUACUUUGGCCAACCUGAAGGAAUUGUAAAUGAAAGAUCUGUAUCAUCAUCAUGAACAAUUCUUAUAGACGUAGAAUAAACUAUAUUACAUUAUUAAUCCAUUUUUAAUGAUUCAACCUUGCCAAUAAUAAAAAUAAAUUCAUUACAAGC